AUGAAUAAAUGCAAGCCAUCCUUCAUAAGCGUACAAGCACUGCAGUGUUCACGCCGUCGCUAUUGGUUGUUUUUAAGCAUUCUUUCUUAUAGCCCUUUCGCCCCGCACCCACUGCAGUUGUUUGAUUUAUUGACCCCAUGCCUUUCUGUGUCUUCCCUCCCUCCGCACGCGCCGCGCCUUUUUGCUACCACAAAUAUGAAUAUCCACCUACUCACAUGUACUUAUGCAAGGGGUUAUCCGCCACUUUCAUCUGCACACACACACACCGUUGCCGUAGCAGUACGGCCAUCACGCAGCGCUACAUACAAACCUCCAACCACCCAUAUGCAGAUCCAAGUAAAAAACAGAACAUUGAGAUCACCGAAGAUGUCUUAUUCUCGCCGCUUCCAACUCCCUCUAACAGAGAGGAUUGGGACACGAAAAUAUGCACACAGAACAUGCAAUACGCAUUGA